AUGUGCCAAAGGAAGUAUGCUCUAGAACUAGUCUCUGAACUAGGGCUAGCAGGUGCAAAGCUAGCAGCAACACCUCUGAAGAUCAAUCACAAGCUCACAUCCAUUGAGUUUGACAAACAAAUACCAUUAACUGGACCUACAGUGGAUAGAGAACUUAAAGACAAGGGAGGCUAUGAGAGACUAGUUGGAAGGUUGUUAACCAUGACAAGGCCUGACAUUGCCUUUGUGGUUCAAGUGCUAAGUCAGUAUAUGCAUGCACCUAAGGUAUCUCAUAUAAAAGAUGCUCAAAGAAUAGUGAGGUACAUAAAAACUGCCCCAGGACUUGGACUGUUUAUGUCUGCAAAAGCAAGCAAAUCUUUGUAUGCAUACUGUGAUUCUAAUUAA